GUUCGAUUUUGUGAACUGGCUCGACCAGUUCACUAAGAAGAUCCGGUUAAAUAUAACGAUUCGUUCGCGAACCGGACAUCGCUUGCCAAUCGCUAUUAACAUAAAAGAAGUUACCGCUAGAGCCAUAACACAGGAUCUCUGGAUCUUCUGAGAUCUGCUCCUCCAACUGCACAGGAAUUUACCCUACAUUUCAACACCUCCCACAACAAUUAAUGAAAGGGUUUAUGAAAGAAAGCUGAAAACAUGACUGAUGCAGAACCCUGCGAAAUAAAACUGGAAGAUACUAAAGAACAAAUAGACUUCAUAGAAGACAACAAAAAGAUUGAAGAACUGAUUAAAGAGGGGGAGAACCAUCAUGUCAAAACUGAAGAAGCAUUCUGGAGAUCCUCCUUGACAAUAAGAGACAAAACAUGGCCUGAGUGUGAAACAAAAGCAGUUAAAAGCAGUAAAACAUUUUUUAGACCACAUUUCCUGAAGGACCACCUGAAAGUCCAUACGAAGGACAAGACUUACGUAUGUCAUUUAUGUGGAAAGAGUUUUAGUCACACGGCUGCUUUAAAGAUACAUCAGAAAAGACACAGCGGUGUGAAGGAUCAUGCUUGCUCUGAGUGUGGGAAGACUUUUUUUAGAUAUGCUGAGAUGAAAGCGCACCAGACAGUUCACACUACAGAAAAACCUUACAAGUGUUCACAAUGUGACAAGAGAUUCAAACGGUCAGAAUAUCUGCGAAUACAUGAGAGGAUCCACACUGGAGAGAAGCCGUACACAUGUGAUCAGUGUGGAAAGAGUUUCAGAAAAUGUGAUGUUUUUAAAAAACAUGUGCUUACUCAUUCUAGAGAGAGACUAGAAAAUUGUGACCAAAGCAGAAGAACAUUUCUAAAGGACCACUUGAAAGCUAAUACAAAGGAGAAGCCUUACAUAUGUUAUUUAUGUGGAAAGAGUUUUAGUCAGAUGAUUUCAUUAAAGAUACAUCAGAAAAGACACAUUGGUGUGAAGGAUCAUGUUUGCUCUAAGUGUGGGAAGACUUUUUUUACAUAUGGUGCAAUGAAAGUACACCAGACAGUUCACACUACAGAAACACCUUACAAGUGUUCACACUGUGACAAGAGAUUCAAACGGCCAGAUUAUCUGAGAAUACAUGAGAGGAUCCACACUGGAGAGAAACCAUAUACAUGUGAACAAUGUGGGAAGAGCUUCAGACUAAAAGAAAUGCUUAAUCGACACAUUGAUAUUCACAAUGGAGAGAAGCCGCUCACAUGUGAACAAUGUGGAAAGAAUUUCACACAAAAAAGUAACCUUAUCAAACACAUGAAAAUACACACUGGAGAGAAGCAACACACGUGUGAUCAGUGUGGGAAGGGUUUCUCAGACAAAGGAAACCUUAAAUACCACAUGAAUAUCCACACUGGAGAGAAGCCACACACAUGUGAUCAGUGUGGCAAAAGUUUUGCACAUAAAGGAAACCUUUUCAAACACAUGAAAAGACACUCUGGGGAGAAGCCACACACAUGUGAUCAAUGUGGGAAGAGUUUCGCAGAAAAGGGAACCCUUCAUGAGCACAUGAGGAUCCACACUGGAGAGAAGCCAUACACAUGUGAUCAGUGUGGGAGGAGUUUCAUGCGAAGAACAACCCUUCACAGUCACAAGAGAACCCACAGUGGGGAGAAGCCGUACACGUGUGAUCAGUGUGGGAGGAGUUUCAGACAAAGAGGAACCCUUAUUGCACACAGGUUAACCCACAGUGGAGAGAAGUCCUAUACCUGUGUUCAGUGUGGGAUGAGUUUCGAACAAAAAGAUGGACUUCAUGAUCACAUGAAAAUCCAUAGUGGAGAGAAGCCGUACACAUGUGAUCAGUGUGGAAGGAGUUUCACAAAAAGAGGAACACUAGAUGCACACAAGAAAACCCACAGUGGAGAGAAGCCAUACAGAUGUGAUCAGUGUGGAAGGAGUUUCACAAAAAGAGGAACACUAGAUGCACACAAGAAAACCCACAGUGGAGAGAAGCCAUACACAUGUGAUCAGUGUGGGAAGAAAUUCAAACGUAAAGAAAGCCUCCAUGAUCACAUGAAAAUCCACACUGGAGAGAAGCCGUUCACAUGUGAUCAGUGUGGGAGGAGUUUCAUACGAAGAGUAACCCUUUACGCACACAAGAAAACCCACAGUGGGGAGAAGCCGUACACGUGUGAUCAGUGUGGGAAGAAAUUCAAACGUAAAGAAAGCCUCCAUGAUCACAUGAAAAUCCACACUGGAGAGAAGCCGUUCACAUGUGAUCAGUGUGGAAGGAGCUUCAUACGAAGAGUAACCCUUUACAAACACAAGAAAACCCACAGUGGGGAGAAGCCGUACACGUGUGAUCAGUGUGGGAAGAAAUUCAAACAUAAAGAAAGCCUCCAUGAUCACAUGAAAAUCCACACUGGAGAGAAGCCGUACACAUGUGAUCAGUGUGGGAGGAGCUUCAUACGAAGAGUAACUCUUUACAAACACAAAAAAACCCACACUGGACUGAAACAGCACCAGACAGUUCACACUACAGAAACACCUUACAAGUGUUCACACUGUGACAAGAGAUUCAAACGGUCAACACAACUUCAAAUACAUGAGAAGAUCCACACUGGAGAAAAGCCUCAUCACUGCCAUUCAUGUGGAAAGAGAUUCACUCAAUUAUCUUCUUUAAUCUGUCAUAAAUUACAUGUGUGCAUAUCUGAAAUUACAGUAAUUGGAUAAAGUUCUGAUCCUGUACAUCCAGGUGCUAGAUUAAUCAGUACCUCCUCAGAAGUCAUCAAUACAUCAACUUGCUCAGAAAUGAAACACAAAAAUAAACGGGAAUUUCAACAACAUAUAGGCGGCUAAAGUAUUCAUCUACAAAUUCUUGUUAGUGGCAAUUUUGAGAACACUGAGUGAGGAGACCAGAAUGAAGAUGGAUGCCGGGGAGAUCUACACUGAUCUGGUGAAUUUCAAAAGGCAAUGGCUACUGUGACGUUCUUUUCAACCACUACAGACCUGUGGUAAAGAAGGACAAGUGAACCGUUUAUUAGAUUGACUGUGCACGUUGUCGCAGAGGAGUUUGAACUGAAAAGUCACUGCCUGCAAACAUUGUAUUUCCCCGACAACCACAUCGGAGAGAACAUAGCCUUGGGCUUGAGUGAGGCACUGGCUGUGUGGGACCUCUGUGCGGAGCGACAGGUCACCAUCACAACAGACAAUGGCACCAACAUUAUCAAAGCGGUAGAGCUUGAUCAGUAGACUAGAAUCAACCUUACUAAGACAGAACUCCAGGUGGUUUCAGCUAAACCAUCGUUUCAUCACAACUUCUCUAUACAGUUGGGUUUGUCAAACAUAACUCCUUCCAGGACAGCCAGAAACCUAGGAGUUGUGAUGGAUCAUCAGUUAAGAUUCACAGAUCAUAUUGCUACA